GGCUGUAGAAAGCAAAGAUGGCGGCGCCCACAGCAGUGCAGCAAACGAUGAGCAAACGGACAGACAAUAUUUUAAACCCCGUUUACACAAGCAGCCAAGACAGCGAGUGUUUCUCACCAGACUCGGACUAUUUAGUGGAAUUCCUGGAGAAGGAGGUCGGCAGCGACCUGAAGUCUCUGAAGAAAGUCGGCGAGAUGCUGGACAGACUGAGAGAAGAGAACACCGUGCUGGAGGAACAGGUUGUGACUGUAUCCAGUUCAGUUCCUCCUAAAGUUUCUGCAGCUCUGUCUGCUGCUGAGGAGGCAACAUGUUCCUUGCAGGAGCUGCUGCAGAGAGAGAGACUCAUCUCCAACAAGCUGCACCAGCACCUACAGGGGGCCCAGCCUUGGAUGGAUAGUCUUGGCCAGACGCUUAGCCAAGUCGACACUAUAGAAAGACACGUGAAAUACCUACGCUGCCUUCAGCAUAUAGAGGAACUCAGUGCUGCGGUCCAACAGUGUCUGAUGACCAGCAGUGUCUGGGAGGCCAUACGGGCAGUAGACAGCAUGGCUGCACUGGAUGCUGGACUCAACCAGUCUGGAUGUUCUCACCUCCAGGACUUCCUCCGAGAAACACUACACUUCUGGCAUAAGAUCAUCAAAGACAGACUGGCCAGUGAUUUUGAGAAAGUGUUGACUCAGCUUCACUGGCCGAUCAUCUCGCCUCCUACUCAGUCACUGACACCCACGGCCAAUGGUCAGGAGAUUAACAGCCAGCUGGAGCUGCUCGUCACGCAGCUGCUUGCCCUGCAGACCUCUGAUGACCUCAUAUCCCAAAGGGCUUCGGCCUCUUCUCAAGGCGUGCCCUCUACCCAGCCUGCUUCUUCAGCCAUGCCUCCAUCCAAAGCUGCCCCUCUCUGUCUGCCCAUCCAGAUCAUGCUGCAGCCACUCAGCAAGAGGUUCAGAUACCACUUCUACGGGAACAGACAGACCAACUCCCUCAGCAAGCCGGAGUGGUACCUCACACAGGUUCUGAUGUGGAUGGGGAACAGCUCAGCUUUCAUGGAGGAAAAGAUCCAACCUAUCCUAGACCGAGCUGGGGCCACCAUCAGUGCCAUGGUGGAGCUGUGUCGAGGCCUACUGACUCUGGUCCAGGAGAAGGUGGCCAGUGAUGCAUCCCGGCUGCUGUACGACGAUGCCCUCUUCUGUCACUUGGUGGAGGAGGUGCUGCAGUUUGAGAAGGAGCUGCGAAGCAACCACUCAUACCCAGGAGUGCUGCCUGGUCUGCUUCAUCUCCUGCUGGAAGACGCAAUCCUUCAGAAGUGGCUCACUGUGGAAAAGAAGAUGGCAGUGGAGAAGAUGGAUGCCAUGCUGUCGGCUGAGGGAGCCUGGAGCUCUCAGUACAAAGAUAUCAGUGACAUGGACGAGCUGAAGGCUCCAGAUUGUGCUGAGACUUUCAUGACUCUUCUACAGGUCAUCACUGAGCGGUACCGGGCCCUGCCCUGUCCUCCUGCACAACUCAAAUUUCUGGACCUACAGAGAGAGCUGGUGGAUGACUUCCGCAUACGACUCACCCAGGUGAUGAAGGAGGAGUCUCGUUGCCCUCUGGGUGCUCGUUAUUGUGCCAUCCUUAAUGCUGUUAACUACAUUUCCACCAUCCUGGGAGACUGGGGAGACAACGUGUUCUUCCUCCAGCUGCAGCAGGCAGCAGUGUCUCUCGGGGAGGAUGGGGUACUGAAAGGCCUGGGGGUGAUGGAGGUGGGUCGCCUGGCUUCUCUGGAGGGCUCUCUGUUUGAAGGUCUGUUGGCGUUGCUAGAUCGACUGAAAGGUGACAUGAUGGGAAGACUGCUGGAAUGGACAAUGAGAGAAAUCACAGAAAAGGCCAAACCAUACAGCCAAGACAGGUGGCUGUCGCUACCACCCCAGCAAGACCAGUCCACCAUGACCCUGUCCAGUUCAGCAUGUCCCAUGAUGCUUUGUGUGAGGGACAGGUUGUUGAACUUUCAUCAGGUCCUGAGUUUGUCUCUGUUCCAGCUGGCCUGGCAGGGCCUGGCAGAGAGACUUGACCAUGUUCUCUACCAGGAUGUGAUCCUGUCGAAUCAUUUCAGUGAAGGUGGUGCAGCUCAGCUCCAGUUUGACAUGACCAGAAACCUAUUUCCUUUGUUCGGUCACUACUGCAAAAGACCUGAGAAUUUCUUCAAGCAUGUUAAGGAGGCGUGUAUCAUCUUGUGUCUUAACGUGGGCUCUGCUAUCCUGCUGAGGGAUCUCCUUAAAGAGUCAGAGGACGAGACAAAAGACUGGGCAGGUGUAGGAGAUCCUCCACCAGAGUCUGCGCUCAAUGAGUUAGGAGUUUACUGCUUGGCGCCCUGUGAUGUGUUGAUUCUCCUCAACCUCAGAGCCUCCUGGCCUGGACAGUAACGACACACCGGUGGCGAACGUUGUGCGUCAAAAAAUACGCCCCUGUUUCAAUGUACAACCCCACACUGGCAGUGGCUAGACACACAUUUGCGUUCCUGGACAUGCCACCCCACGGCACUACACAAAAAUGUCCAUACUCAGUCUCGCUGCCCCUGAAAUUAGAUGCACUUUCCCUCCACUCGCUGUCUGCGUGUACAUACCAGCUCCCGUAGCAGGGCUUCUCUCCUCGCCAUGGAUGCAUAAAGAGAACUCUGUUGCUGUUGCUGUCUAGUGUGUGAUGGAAAAUAGAUGGAGAGACUUGUUGUUGAGGUUGAGAAAUAUCCUGAGCUAAACGACCCACAAUCCUGUCAUUAUAAAGACAAUGACCAAAAAGAUGUUGCCUGGCGAGUCACAGCUCGGGAGAUUGGCUCUCCGGUUCAAGUUUAAUUAGUGGCUGUCCACACAUAAUUUUAAGUUAAUGCAAAGGUGGAGGAAGUGCAGAUCUUUCAGUAAAAAUAUUAUUAACUUUUUGUGGUCAUCUGUUGAUGAGCCGCAGUGCGACAUGUCCGGUGUGUGCUAAGAGGGCACUUGACGCGUGUCACUAGAUGUGCUACAGUGGCGCCUGGCAGUGUUUGCUGGUGGGGAGUGUGCAUCAGGUUGAACACUUGGCAACAUAUUUGUCAGUAGCUUUAAUUGUCUUUGUGAACAAGCCAGGUAAUAUUUGUUGACUUUGGACUGUUCCAGUUAUAAUGUUGAUACUAUUGUCAUUAUAUGAACUUAUUAUUGUGCACUAUUUCUGGGGACCCACUUACCUGUCACCACAGUUGGCUGAAGUAUACCACAAUAAAGCAGAAAUAACAUCUGUUAUAAUGGAUUAUGUAAUAAACCCUGAUAACCUGUAAUGGUUUCAAAAUAC